UUUGUGCCUCAGGCUCUCAACUCCCGGCUCAACAAUGGGUACCGGGAAACGGGACCGAAGCUCCCCUUUUCUUCUCUACAUUCUCUUCGUCGUUGUUCCAAGUUUCUCCACCCUUGCGUCUGCCGGCAAGCCUUCUUUGGCUGUUGGGGAGUUUAAUAAGACAUUGCGGUUAACCCCUGGCGUACAAGUGGAAAAGUCCCCUGGUUUAAAGCCUGGAACUAAAGUUGUUUGUGAAAGAAUUUACAUUGAUGGUUUGUCUAGGUUUAGGAAUCUCAGGAAAUUUUCUCAUUCAAUCAAGGUGAAGGUUUCACAAGGGAAUUCUACCCUACGCAGACCUAGUGUUGAAGUUUGCUUCCAUAGGAAUGCUUCUCUUGGGAUAGGGAUGUGCCCUCAAGGCAAGUGGGAGAAGGUUUCAAACGGUUUAUGGGCUAAACCAAUGUCUCCUUUCGAUCACAAGCUCUUAGAUAUAAGGAUGACCAGUUCAUCAACACAAACCCUUGAGGUGUCUAUUGAAGAAGAAUUUUUCCCAUAUCGUAUUGUCUUUUUCAUUACGGGCAUUGUGUUGUGGAGUGUGGCAUAUACCCUAAGCAAGUCUUUAGUAUUUUACUACAGCAGCGCUAUGGCGAUUGGGGUCAUCCUUGUGGUAUUGAUAGUCCUGUUUCAGGGAAUGAAGCUUCUCCCAACUGGUCGGAAGAACUCACUGGCUAUUGUUAUAUAUUCAUCUAUGCUUGGUUUGGGAUCUUUUCUUCUCCGCUAUAUACCACGAUUGCUGCAGUCAGUACUUUUAGAAUGGGGAAUCACUGAAGACAUGUAUAAUCCUUUGGCUAUAUUUCUUUUGGGUUUUCUUGUUCUGGCUGGAGCUUGGUUGGGUUUCUGGGUUGUACGCAAACUUGUCCUGACAGAAGAUGGAUCAAUUGACAUAAGCACAUCUUACUUCAUUGCUUGUUCCAUCCGAAUAGUGGCUGCUAUCAUGAUGCUUCAGGUUGUACCGCUUAUUGUAUAUCUGUACUUUUCUCGAAUUCAAUUGAAGUAUCCCCAACCAGUGGUUAAUUAUAGUUCCAUUAUUUGUUGGACUUGUAAUUUACUCUGUUUGCAGAGUUCUAUAGAUCCUCUCCUUGCUGCAGAGGCAUUUUUAUCUGGGUUAAUUCUCUCAUCCAUAUUGCGUAAAGUCACUCGGUUGAAAUUCCUCCAUCGUGUGUGCAAGAAGUUGUUCAAGCUAGCCAAAGCCAUUGGAAGAAACACUCAAAUUCCUGAUUUAUCACCUAAUCAAUAUUCUCAUGAUGAAUAUAAGUAUUUGAGCCCUGAAUACUCUAAUUUCCUUGAGCAACGAUCUAACCAGUUUCACCUGGCUUCAUGCAAUACUUCUCUACAAGGUACUACCAAGACAUCUUCAAGUCGGCUGUCGGAUAAGGACUCUUUCCCCUCCAUCAUUCACAACACUCCAGAGAGGAGAAAAUUUUCUAAAGGUGAGUGGGAGAAGUUCACCAGGGACUCCACAAAAAGGGCCGUUGAAGAACUUGUUUCUUCGCCCGAUUUCAGUAAAUGGGCAGCCGCCAAUGCUGAGAGGAUCACUGUGACACCCAGAAGUAGCUCGGGCAGUACUUCUGUGAGACCUCGUCGUUGGUUUCUUUGGUCGUAGAAAAGUAGUUAAUUGUUGUUUGUAGAUUGAAGGGAUUACAGUUGAAAGAUGAUGGGAAAUUCAAUACUAACACUACAUUCGCCAUUUUGUUGUUUGAUUGGCGAGGGUUUGGGAUGACUGACAAUGGUGCCAAUGUUGUCUCUGAAUUCAUUAGAUAGGGAAGCCUUUUUACUAUUAUUGUUUCCUGAACUUGUAUAUUUUGAUAUUUACAACUUUAGAACUUAAAACGCGUCUGGUUUUCCAUAUCUA